AUGAAUGAAUUGCUUUCCGAAAUAUCACCUUUUUAUAAUAUUUCGUAUGAUGAGCAUUUAUUAGUAUUUGAUUGCAACAAUAAACGUCCGACAAUUAAACCCGAAGUACCGGAUUUAUUUAAACAACUCAUUAUGCGUUGUUGGGAUUCUAAUCCAGCUAAUCGUCCAGAUGCAAAUGAGUUAUACACAACAAUUUAUGAAUGGUGGAAAGAAAAGGAUAACAAAGAUUCCGUGCUAUAUAAACAAUUUGCAAGAUCAAAGGAAUUUCCUCGAAAAAAAAUUCAACCUCUUGCAUCAAAAAUACAUCCAACAGCACGUUACACGAGUCAACUGCUCAAAAUUCCUAGCUUUUCAAAAUAUCUUGCAAGCGAUUUCA